AAAAAAAUCCCACUUUUCGCACCGAAUCCGAUGCGUGCCACGCAAGUAAAAACCUUCCCCUUUUUACGGACUCUUCCCCCCGUUGCCAUUGAUUGAUCGCCGCCCGGGAAAGCCGGAAGCCGCCAUGGGCACCGACGCAACCCGAGAACCCGCAGCUCCGACGGGCGCCAAAAGCCAAAACCAAGCACAGUUUGAUCACUUCUCCAUUCCCUACGUAACUCUCCGGGACCUGCCCCACCUGACCCACUACCUUCCGGACUUGGGGACCCGUACCAACCCGCUGGAGCAGAACCGGUUCUACCACCCCACCCGCGGCUUCUACAUCUCAGCCUCCGACGUCGUACUGCGCCACAUCGUCCACGACCUUUCCGGCGACUUCUCGUCGCCCAACCUCGCGUACCGCCAGGCCGGACCCCGCAGAUCCAUAUUCUUCGACCCGGGCGAAGUGCGGGCCGCCAUCGUCACGUGCGGCGGGCUCUGCCCCGGGUUGAACACCGUGAUAAGGGAGCUGGUGGUGGGCCUCUGGGAGCUUUAUGGUGUCCGGCGGAUCUACGGCGUCAGAGCGGGGUACCGAGGGUUUUACAGCUCCGAACCCGUUUCGCUGAACCCGAAGCUGGUGAACGACUGGCACAAGCGGGGGGGAACGGCUCUGGAGACCUCCCGGGGCGGAUUUGAUCUUCAGAAGAUCGUGGAUGCGAUCCAGGAAAGGGGAUUUAACCAGGUGUACAUAAUUGGUGGAGACGGAACAAUGCGCGGAGCUGUGAAGAUAUUUGACGAGGUUUGUCGCCGCAAACUGAACAUUGCAGUUACUGGAAUCCCCAAGACUGUGGACAAUGACGUAGGCAUUAUUGACCGAUCCUUUGGGUUCCAGACUGCUGUAGAAGUGGCCCAACAUGCAGUCAGUGCAGCUCAUGUGGAGGCUGAGAGUGCAGUUAACGGCAUUGGCCUCGUAAAGAUAAUGGGCAGAAGCACUGGACACAUUGCCCUCCACACCACCUUGAGCAGCUGUGACGUGGACUGCUGUUUAAUUCCUGAAAUAGAGUUUUACUUGGAAGGAGAGGGAGGACUCUUCGAGUUUCUAGGACAACGAUUGAAAGAGAACAAGCAUGCCGUGAUAGUAGUUGCCGAGGGAGCAGGACAGGAGAUGAUACCGAGGAACGAUGCUCAAAAGGAAGAGAAGGAUGAAUCGGGCAACCCAGUUUUCUUAGAUGUUGGUGGGUGGUUGAAGUCUGAGCUGAAGAGGUGGUGGGCUAGGGACCAUCCAGGGGAAUUGUUUACUGUGAAGUACAUCGAUCCUACAUACAUGAUUCGUGCAGUCACUGCAAAUGCUACAGAUAACUUAUAUUGUACGCUUUUGGCUCACUCGGCAAUCCACGGGGUUAUGGCUGGAUACACUGGGUUUGUCUCAGGCCCCAUCAAUGGGAACUAUGCAUAUAUUCCGCUAUCAGAGGUGGCACAAGCUAAAAAUGAAGUUAACAUAAAUGACCAUAAAUGGGCAUGGGUUCGAUCUGUGACUAAUCAACCAGAUUUUGCAAAGAGCUGAAAAACAAGAGUAGUUUAAUAGUAUGCCCUUUCUCAGUUUGAGGCACGUAUCAUUCUGUAUGCCUACCUGGCUGGUUUGGAUGUAUUUUGGAUGAACUGUUGUAUCUGUCAACAGGUAGCGAAAAUUGUAAUCCGGAGGAAGCAGCAGGGGACUGGAGAAAAUUGGAGCCUUAAGGGUUGUUUUGUUGAUUGAGGAGUUGUAUUUGCAUGUGGAAAUUGGAAAAUUGCUGUUAAGGAUAGGUUGGUUUGUAGGUUUUGGUCAGCCUCUGUGCUAUUAUGUGUUUGUGUUAUGUCCAUGGGGGGAGCUGAAUAAAAAUGUACUAUAAAAUAACUUUUACACAAAAGAAAAUCUCAUUUCGAGUUCCUAACCAA